AUGUACGAGGAGACGUCGGACACGUCGGACGUCGACGAGGAGGAUUUUUUGAACGCGUUGGCGUUGUUACAUUCGACGGAAGACGACAGCGCCGAGAAACUUCGUAAAAUGCUCGACGCGUCGAUCGAGAGGAGGUACGGGUUUGACAAGACUCUGACGGCCAGGAUGCCUAGGAGAUUUUUGCAAAACGCGAAGCCCCGCGGCAAACCGUUCGCCACGGAGAAAUCGGAAGCGUGUGGGAAGCGGGUGGUAGCUAGUAGGAGAAUCGGGAACCAGCCGCUGUCCGGUAAUAACGCGGCUGAAAGUAAUUGGAAAUCGAUGAGAAUAGUUAACGCGGACGUCGAGGACUAUAGCGAGAAGGGAGAGAUUCCUAGGAUAUCUAUUCCCGACGAAGGAUCAGGCGAUGGACUACUCUGCAAGAUCUGUAACGGCGCAAAGCUGGGACCACUGAUUCUGUUGGAAUGCCAAGAGUGUCAAGAAGUCUACCAUCCCCUGUGCCAUCAUCCCCCCGUCGUCGACAUCGACGUGUACGAUCCGAGGAUCGUGUGGCGGUGUAAAAAAUGCACGGACACCUCGCCGAUAAACUCCAGUGAAAAGAAACCAAAACGAUCGCGCGUCGAUGUAAAAAUUAAAGAAGCUACUGCGAGUUCAGAAGAGGCAGGAAAAUCGAACGGGAAUCUGUCGAACAAUGAGAUUAACGUUGAACAGAUUUUAACUGAUGCACCCCAAAGACCUGGUUGCGCAGUCGAAGAUGCUUUAGUCACUAAAGGUUCUUUUCAUUUGAAUCAGAAGACGACGUGGACCCAAUCAUCGAACCAGUUGAGAAAACGAGUAGGUUCGAAGCUCUCAGUUACUCGUUCCGUAAUAAAAUGA